AUGGACCCCGAUAUCCUCGUAGCCUGGGCCGCUGCUCAAGCAGUCCGCGGUCCCAGCACAGCUUCCUCGGAAGGAACUUUCACCCUCUUCACGAAACUACCAACCGAGAUGCAAGAAAUGAUUUGGGUGUAUGCAGUCCCGUUUCCGGAAGUUCUGGAAGUACGGUUCAAGAAGAUGAGUUGUGGGCAAGAGGGGGAGCAUGAAUCUAAUUCGAUGGGAAUACAGGCAUGCAAACAUUCCCGAGCCGUGGCCAAGACCAUGCUCCCAAAGACUCUUCCCUCUGCCACGACCGGUGUCGAGAUUCGAUUCGACCCAGAGAAAACAGCAAUCCGUAUCACAAACAUCGUCGGCAUUACCGCCAUGUUCUGGGACAAAUUUUGCGAAAGUGGUCAAAAUGAAAACUUCGGCUUAACAUGGCUUUGCCCUAAUUCAUACCUUGGCCAGAACAUCCAAAGACUAGUCGUGCACGAAAAUCGUAUGUGGCGAGGAGCUCCGAAGGAUGAUUGCUGGCUUGAUUCUCAGUAUGCAUGGGUUCAUACUUUUCGGCAUAUGUUCAAGGAUGUUGAGGAUAUUAUCUGUCUAAUUGAGAAGGAUGAUCCUGAGUAUACGUUCGACAAGGAAAGUUAUGAUGGAGAGUUCGAUACCGAUCCAGAGUCUUGCGAUGAGGAUGAAGACGAUGAAGAGGAAGACUGCGAUGAGAAUGACGAUAAUGUGAAAGAGCGCGGAGUAGCUCAAGUCUCAGGCAAGGAAACCAUGAUUGCAGAGACCACCGGACGUCAUCAGCCGAUACAAUCUACAUCAAACGAAGAGGGAGGUAACUUGACACAAGCCCACAGCAACGAAGAAGUCGAAAUCAGCGAGGAAACUGCUAGUCCUAGACGAUGGCUGCACGUCGAGAGUUGGCAUUCGGACGAUGACAGAGUUGUUGAUCUUGACCGCAUCGAGAAACUGAUCAACGACUUCUGGGCAAACGUCAUCGACGAUCUUCGAGAUAAGCACAAUGCCUUCAAAGAGAUGAGAGGAAUUGGGCAAUCUCUUGCUAAGCAAUCAAAUCCACCGGCUCCGGGCUCUGCAAAGCUCGGUCUCAAUGCAACUUCUGAAGUAAUUGGGGCUGUUUCUACUUUAGACGGACUUGUCGGUUCUGGUGUAACUAUCGAAGUUGAUGCACAAGAAUCUGGAGAUGCUGAAGAUGCAGCUGAAGAGCCUAGCUAUCCUCGCGUAGUCCCCGUUAUAUUCUUCCACGAAGGCUCAUACGAUGAUGGUCUAUCGCUAUUGUCUCUUCCCUUCCCCCCUGUCAGAAGUCGCUGUAACUUCGCCGAUCUGUUCGGGGGACAUGAUUGCUAG